UCAUAUUGUCAGCCACCCGAAUAUAUCUUUAUAGGUUUUUUGUUGUUUAUAAAAUUAAUUUAUAUUUAUAUUUAUUUUCUUUUUUUUAUGUUUUAAUUAACCUUACAAUAGGGUUAUAGCUUGUAUAAUUAUAUAUAUAUAUAGAAAAAAAUGAAUAGUAGUAAUUUACCAAUUAGAUUUCAAGAAGUUCUUCAACUUACAAGUUUAGGUAUUGGAGCCAAUUCAAUUGGUUUCUCUACAUUAACAAUGGAGAGUGAAAAAUAUAUUUGUAUUCGUGAAACUACACCAGACGAUAAAAACAAUGUUGUUAUUAUUAAUACAGAUAAUCCAUCACAAAUUCUUAGAAAACAAAUUAAAACUGAUGCAGCCAUCAUGAAUCCAAAAGAACCAAUUUUAGCACUUAAGAUUGGUCAAGUUUUACAAUUAAUUUCAAUUGAACAAAAAAUGCAAUUAAAAUCAUGUCAAAUGCAAGAACCAUUGGAAUUUUGGAAAUGGAUUUCACCAAAUACAUUAGCAUUGGUUACAGCAACAUCAGUUUUUCAUUGGACUAAAGAAGGAAAUAGUGAACCAGUUAAAAUUUUUGAACGUCAUCCAGAUUUACAAAACACAGAAAUUAUUAAUUAUCGUUCAGAUUCAACACAAAAUUGGUUAGUAUUAGUUGCAAUUCACCAAAGAGAUGGUCGUGUUGCUGGUCGUAUUCAAUUAUAUUCAGUUGAAAAGAAUAUCAGUCAAUCAAUUGAAGGUCAUGCUGCUUGUUUUGCCAACUAUACUGUACCAGGUGCUACCCGUCCAUCAACAUUAUUUGCCAUUUCCUCAAGAACUCCAAACGCUUCAAAAAUUUUAGUCUUAGAGGUCAAUAAAGGUGAUGGUCCAGCAUUCCAAAAACGUGCUUCAGACGUUUUCUAUCCACCAGAAAUUGGUGCAUCUGAUUUCCCAGUCGCCAUGCAAAUCUCUGAAAAAUAUGAAAUCAUCUAUAUGGUCACCAAAUUAGGUUAUAUUCAUCUUUUUGAUUUAGGAACUGCUAGUCUCAUCUAUAGAAAUCGUAUUAGUAGUGAAAAUAUUUUUGUUACUGCUUUUGAAGAAUCAACCAAUGGCAUCAUUGCUGUUAAUAGAAAAGGUCAAGUUUUAUCUGUUUCAAUCGAUGAAAGAAAUAUUAUUCCGUAUAUUGUAAACACUUUAAAUAAUGUCGAACUUGCCAUCUCUAUGGCCUCUAAAAAUAACUUACCAGGCGCUGAUGGUUUACUUUCAAGUCAAUUCGAAAGAUAUUUCCAACAAGGACAAUAUAAAGAAGCUGCAAAGGUUGCUGCUGAAUCUAAAGGUACCGUUUUAAGAAAUCUUCAAACUAUUCAAAAAUUCCAAUCCAUUCCACAAGUACCAGAUCAACCAUCACCACUUCUUCAAUACUUUGGUAUGUUAUUAGAAAAAGGUAAACUCAAUAAAAUUGAAUCACUUGAAUUAGUUCGUCCAGUUCUUCAACAAAAUAAAAAACAAAUCCUUGAAAAAUGGUUAACUGAAGAUAAACUUGAAUGCUCAGAAGAGUUAGGUGAUGAAGUUAGAAGAUUCGAUUCCAAAUUAGCCCUUUCAAUUUACUAUCGUGCUGGUUCAUCAGAUAAAGUUAUUACCUUAUUUGCCGAAGGUGGUGAAUUCGAUAAAAUUCUUGCUUACUGUAAGAAGAUCAAUUAUAAACCAGAUUUCAUGUAUUUAUUACAACGUAUGGCUUCAGCCAAUCCAAUGGGUGCUGCUGAUUUUGCAGUUAAACUUGUUAAAGAAGAAGGUGGUCCAUACAUUGAUCCAAAUCAAGUUGUCGAACUCUUUGCUGCCCGUAAUAUGAUUCAAGAAACCAGUAAUUUCCUUUUUGCUAUUCUUACUGAAGAUCGUGCUCAAGAUGCUAACCUCCAAACCAAACUUUUAGAAAUCAAUUUAAUCCAUGCCCCACAAAAUGCUGAUGCCAUUAUGGGAGGCCAAAAAUUCACACAUUACAACCGUAUUAGAAUUGGUGGUCUUUGCGAAAAAGCUGGUCUCUACCAACGUGCUCUUGAACAUUACACUGAUUUAGCCGAUAUCAAAAGAGUUUUAUCACAUGCUGGUCAUAUGGUUAACCACGAAUUCCUUGUUUCCUACUUUGGUUCAUUAAAUGCUGAUGAUCGUAUGGAAUGUAUGCGUGAUUUCCUUCGUACCAACCCACGUCAAAAUCUUAAAUUGGUUGUCGAUAUUGCUGUUGCCUACAGUGAUCAAAUGACCCCAGAGGCUAUCAUCGCAAUGUUCGAAUCAUUCCGUCUCUAUGAAGGUCUUUACCUUUAUUUAACCCAAAUUGUUGUCACAUCCACUUCACCAGAGGUUCACUUUAAAUACAUUGAAGCUGCUGCCAAAGUUAAUCAAUUCAAAGAGGUUGAACGUAUGUGCAGAGACAGUAACUAUUAUGAUCCAGAAAAGACUCGUGAUUUCUUAAAAGAAGCUAAACUCCAAGAUCAACUUCCAUUAAUCAUUGUUUGUGAUCGUUAUCAAUUCAUUACCGAUCUUACCAACUAUCUUUACAAAAAUAAUCACACUAAAUAUAUUGAAGCUUACGUUCAAAAAAUCAAUCCAUCAAAUACCCCAUUAGUCGUUGGUGCUUUAUUAGAUCUCGAUUGUCAAGAAGAUUACUUAAAAUCACUCAUUAUGAACAUCAAUGUCAGAAAUUUAAUUCCAGCUGAUGCUUUAGUUGAACAAGUCGAAAAGAGAAAUCGUCUUAAACUUUUACUUCCAUGGUUAGAAGCUAAAGUUGCUGAAUCAAACAUGGAACCAGCCAUUCACAACGCUCUUGCUAAAAUUUACAUUGACAGCAAUAAGAACCCAGAAGCUUUCCUCUUACACAAUCAAUUCUAUGACAGCAAAGUUGUUGGUAAAUAUUGCGAAAAGAGAGACCCAUAUCUCUCAUUUGUUGCUUACAAACGUGGUCUUUGUGAUUACGAGUUAAUUGAAGUCACCAACAAAAAUACUCUUUUCAAGAAUCAAGCUCGUUAUUUAGUCGAACGUCAAGAUCAAGAUCUUUGGGCUUACGUCUUAUCCGAUCAAAAUGAAUACAAGAGAUCAUUAAUUGACCAAGUCGUACAAACUGCUCUUCCAGAAUCAACCAAUGCUGCUGAAGUUUCUGCCACCGUUAAAGCUUUCAUGGAUGCUGAUCUUCCAAACGAAUUAAUUGAAUUACUCGAAAAGAUCGUUAUUGAAGGUAAAGAAUUUAAAAACGCUAAAGAACUCCAAAAUCUUUUAAUUCUUACUGCCGUUCGUGCCGAUAAAAGUCGUGUUAUGGAUUACAUCAAUCGUUUAGAAAACUUUGAUGGCUCAAAAUUAGCACCAAUUGCCAUCGAAAGCGGUCUCUUUGAAGAAGCCUUCUUUAUGUACAAGAAAUUCCAAUUCAAUGUUGAAGCUAUCGAAGUUUUAUUAAACAAUAUCAACUCUAUCGAAAGAGCUCAUGAUUUCGCUGAACGUUGUAACCAAACUGAAGUUUACAGUAAAUUAGCCGUUGCUCAAUUAAGAGCCGACAUGGUAAACGAAUGCAUUGAAUCAUUCAUUAAAGCUAACGACACCGAAUACUACCAAGAAGUUGUUUCUGCUGCUGAAAGAACCAAUAAAUAUGAUGAUUUAGUUAAAUUCCUCCAAAUGUGCCGUAAGAAGAUUAAAGAACCAGCCAUCGAAAGUGAAUUAAUCUUUGCCUACGCUAAAGUUAACAAAUUAGCCGAAAUGGAAGAUUUUAUCAAUUCACCAAACUCUGCACACAUUCAAGUUGUUGGUGAUCGUUGUUUCGAAAAUGGUCUCUAUGAAGCUGCUAAAAUUCUUUACACCAAUAUUUCCAACUUCCCACGUCUUACUAGUUGUCUUGUUAAAUUAGGUCAAUUCCAAGCUGCUGUUGAUGCUGCUCGUAAAGCCAAUAGCACCAAGACCUGGAAGGAAGUUAGUGCUGCUUGCAUUGACGCUAAAGAAUUCCGUUUAGCUCAAGUUUGUGGUAUUAAUAUCAUUGUCCAUGGUGAUGAAUUAGAAGAGUUAAUUCGUCAAUACGAAGACAGAGGUUACUUUAACGAAUUAAUUUCACUUUUAGAAAGUGGUUUGGCUUCAGAACGUGCUCAUGUUGGUAUGUUUACCGAGUUAGCCAUCCUCUAUUCUAAAUAUAAAGAAGAAAAAUUAAUGGAACACUUAAAAUUAUUCUACAGCCGUCUUAAUGUUCCAAAAGUUAUUAAAGCUUGUCAAGCUAAUCAACAAUGGCCACAACUUACCUACCUUUACAUUCACUAUGAUGAACACGAUAAUGCUAUUCAAACUAUGAUUAAUCAUUCAAUCGAAGCUUGGGAUCAUGUUCUUUUCAAAGAAACUAUUCCAAAAGUUGCCAAACUUGACCUCUAUUAUAGUGCCAUUUCAUUCUAUUUAGAAGAACAACCAUUACUCAUUAAUGAUCUCCUCUCUGUUCUUUCACCACGUAUUGAUCAUACCCGUGCUGUUUCACUCAUUCGUUCAAUUGGUCAUCUCCCAUUAGUCAAACCAUACCUCGUUUCAGCUCAAGACCAAAAUGUAGCCGCCCUUAAUGAGGCUCUUAACGAACUCUACGUUGAAGAAGAAGACUAUGAAGCUCUUAGAGCAUCAAUCGACGCCAACAGUAACUUUGGUACUAUUGCUCUUGCACAAAAACUUGAAAAACAUGAACUCCUCGAAUUCCGUCGUAUUGCUGCCUAUUUAUACAAAAAGAAUAACCGUUGGGCUCAAUCAGUCGAACUCUCCAAAAAAGAUAAACUCUAUAAAGAUGCCAUUCAAUCAGCUGCUGACAGUAAAAACGCCGCCAUUGGUGAAGAGCUUCUUCAAUAUUUUGUAGAACAAAAAAAUCACAGCGCUUUUGCUGCUUGUCUUUAUACUUGUUAUGAUUUCCUCAAACCAGAUGUUGUUAUUGAACUUGCUUGGAAAAAUAAUAUCAUCAACUACUCUUUCCCAUAUCUCAUUCAAUACGUUAAGGAAUACACCGGCAAAGUUGACCAACUCAUGGAAGAUUUCAAUACCCGUCAAAAGAAAACUGAAGAAGAAAAAGAACAACAAACCAUGGAAUCACAACAAUACCAACCAGAUCUUUCAAAUAUUUCAUAUGGUUAUGCUGCCACUGGUGGCAUGUUAGCUCUUCCACCAGCUAUGGGAUAUCAACAACAACCACAACAACAAAUGUAUCCAAAUCAAGGUAUGUUAGGUUACAAUAAUCAACAACAAAACUAUAACCAAUAUGGUGGUUUUUAAAUUAAAAAAUUAAAAAAAAAACUAAAAAUAUAAAAUACAUUUUAAAAAUAUAUAUAUAAAAUAAAAAAAAACAA